UCGGUGUGGUGCUGUAGAUGAGAAUUCUCCCAUCGCCAUCAUCGAAUAUCCAACGCAAUCCCUUCAUUCGAACCGCCUCUCGGCUUCCCCUACAUAGAAUGUCCUACCACCCGGUGGACAACUUCUAUCACAUGGGAGAAGAAGAUGGGGAAGUGCCAGAUUUUGUUGACGAAAUGGAGGAUGAAAACUAUGGCCGAGGCGGUGAAGCAGUGGAGCUUAAUGAAUAUGAAAUGCUCACCAGGGUGACUGAUAUAUCUUCUGCGCAGGCAAGGGCAGGGAAAGACAUUCAGGGUAUUCCUUGGGAGAGAUUGAACAUAACGAGAGAAGAAUAUAGGUUGACGAGGCUUGAGCAAUACAAGAAUUACGAGAACAUUCCUUCAUCAGGGGAAGCUGUAGACAAGGAAUGUAAGCAGAUGGAGAAGGGUGACAAAUAUUAUGAGUUCUUUCACAAUACGAGAUUAGUUAAGCCUACUAUUCUUCAUUUUCAGCUAAGGAACUUGGUUUGGGCUACGUCAAAACAUGAUGUUUAUCUUAUGUCUAAAUAUUCAGUCCUGCAUUGGUCAUCGCUGUCUUGCAAUUCAUCAGAAGUCAUCAACUUUUCUGGACAUAUUGCACCUGUAGAGAAUCAUCCAGGAAGCUUAUUGGAAGGUUUCACAAAAACUCAAAUUAGCACUUUGGCUGUCAAGGACAAUUUUCUGGUUACAGGGGGCUUCCAAGGAGAGCUUACUUGCAAGCGUCUGGACAAGCAAGGAGUUAGCUUCUGUGCUCGCACCACCACAUAUGAUGAUAAUGCCAUCACAAACGCUAUUGAGAUAUACGACAGCUUGAGGGGUGGAGUACAUUUCAUGGCAUCUAACAAUGAUUGUGGUUUAAGAGAAUAUGACAUGGAAAGAUUUCAAAUUCUGAAUCAUUUCCGUUACCCUUGGCCGGUGAAUCAUACCUCACUGAGCCCUGAUCGUAGGUUAAUUGCUGUUGUUGGUGAUCACCUGGAUGGAUUGCUUGUGGAUGCACAAAAUGGAAAGACCAUUUCUACAGUGGUGGGCCAUCUGGAUUACUCUUUCGCAACAGCAUGGCACCCAGAUGGGCGGACUUUUGCCACGGGGAACCAGGAUAAGACUUGCCGAGUAUGGGAUAUUAGAAACCUGUCGCUGCCCGUUGCAAUUCUAAAGGGAAACUUGGGGGCUGUUCGUUCAAUUCGCUUCUCAUCAGAUGGCGAAUUCAUGGUGGUUGCUGAACCUGCUGAUUUUGUGCAUGUGUAUAGUACAAAAGCCGACUAUAAAAGGAGGCAAGAGAUUGAUUUCUUCGGCGAGAUAUCUGGUGUAGCACUCAGCCCAGAUGAUGAAUCUCUGUAUAUAGGAAUCUGGGACCGAACUUAUGCGAGUUUGCUGCAGUAUAACAAAAGACAUAACUACGGGUAUCUUGAUUCUUACUUAUAACUGAUGAAGCAGAAACUGUUCUCAGGGGCUUGUAGUGUAUGAGUUGGGCAAACUCUUUUUUGAAUCCUUCUAUGUUUAAUGAUAGAAUUAACAUAUCUUUGGUUAGAA